GCGGGGGCGACGGCGGGACGCGGAAGCUUUGCCUGCGGGACGUGGCCGAGCGGGUGCGCGCCGGCGCCUGCCGGAGGGUCGUGGCCAUGGUGGGCGCGGGCAUCAGCACGCCCAGCGGCAUCCCGGACUUCAGGUCCCCCGGGAGCGGCCUUUACAGCAACCUCCGGCAGUACGACCUCCCGUACCCCGAGGCCAUCUUCGAGCUCACGUUUUUCUUUCACAACCCCAAGCCCUUCUUCACGCUGGCCAAGGAGCUGAACCCCGGGCACUACCGGCCCAACGCCGCGCACUACUUCCUCCGCCUGCUGCACGAGAAGGGGCUGCUGCUGCGCCUCUACACGCAGAACAUCGACGGGCUGGAGCGAGCCUCUGGCAUCCCAGCCUCCAAGCUGGUGGAAGCUCACGGGUCUUUCGCCUCUGCCACCUGCACCGUCUGCCGAAGACCCUCCCCAGGGGAGGGCUUCUGGGCGGACGUGAUGGCGGACAGGAUCCCCCGCUGCCCGGUCUGCACCGGCAUUGUGAAGCCCGACAUUGUGUUCUUUGGGGAGCCGCUGCCCCAGAGGUUCCUGUUGCACGUGGUGGACUUCCCCAUGGCAGACCUGCUGCUCAUCCUCGGGACCUCCCUGGAGGUGGAGCCUUUUGCCAGCCUGUCUGAAGCCGUGCGGAGCUCAGUGCCCCGACUGCUCAUCAACCGGGACUUGGUGGGGUCCUUGGCUUGGAGCCCUCGCAGCCAGGACGUGGUGCAGCUGGGGGACGUGGUUCAGGGCGUGGAAAUGCUGGUGGAGCUUCUGGGAUGGACGGCAGAGCUGCAGGACCUCAUCCAGAGGGAGAUGGGGAAGCUGGGCGGACGGGACGGCUAGGAGAGCGGUGGCCGCCCGGUCCGGCAGUGGCUGCAGGGGGAGCAGCCUGUACUGAGGAGACCUCUCCUGGAGGACGCAGUUCGGCAGGGUUCUGGCCCAGUGGAAACAGGUGCCCGGAGCAGAGCUGGCGGCCCCAGCACAAGCCCCGUGCCAUUGGGUGGGUUUCGCUGGUCAGCAGGACUGCCCAUGCUACUCCGCAAGCUCAGUGCCAAUGCUUCACCCACAGCAACCCCCUUGAGCUGGGGCAGAUGGAUGCUGGGCAGCCACCCCCACCCCAGGGCUGCCCCUGGGUCUCAGCAGUGCCACGUUGGCCUCCUCGGCAAGGUUAUUUUUAGAGAAAAAUUAACUUGAGAGAAACCUUAUCUCUCAUUUUUACCACAAAAUAAACUUUUAUGUAAGAAGUGGGGACCCCUUCACUUGUUUUCUCAAGGGAGUGCAGGGACCCCACCAAAGGGAUCUCGGUGGGCUCUGCUGGGGUGACCGGAGGCCCUGGCUCCAUGUCCCGGCUGGGCGCUGACCACCCCCCUUCUGCACUAGGCCGCCCUAACUGGCCCCCAACCCUGGCCGCCCUGCCGGCACCUUCUAGCCCUGCCUGGCUGGCGCUUGCUCAGCAAAUUUAGCUGAGCAGGACCUGGAAGGUGCCUGGUGGCCUCAUUUAUCAAGAAUAACGCGAGAUGUGCUGGUGCGGAGCAGAAUGGAGUCAACUCCUAACUCUGCUCGCGCCCGGAUGACUCACGCUUGGGCUCACACACUCUUGCUCAAGUCUCUUUAUUCCGGCUGGCGUUUCUGUGACACAAGACAGAGAUGAAUGGGCUCACGAGGGACUUUUCCAUUUACACGCCGAUGGUCUAAGCCAGCAUGGAGACUGAGGUUCAACAGUCCCACCUGGCGGGACCCUGGGGCUGGGGAUGCAGUGGCCAGCGGCUAAGCCAGGAUGGGCGUGCAGAAGGGGCCCCCAGCCUGCACUUGGUAGGAACGGACCGCAAAGCAAAUGUGGAGGUGGGUUUCUGACAUCACAGGCAGCCCCGCAGGCCCCCAGCCUGCUCAGCCCCUCUGGGCAGGGUCCGCUUCCCUUGCAGACGCCAAGGCUGAGCUUUGGCAGGACGAGGCCCUUGCAGGCCUAGAGAUCAGGUACUGGACCAGAGGCAGGUCAUUAACAAAACAUGGGAGGAAGGGGUCUCCAAGCGGGAGGGGCGUGGCUCCCUGGCGAGAGACCCAAGGACACCUCCGGAAGCAGCACCAGUUCUGGAGGGGGUGCAGCGGAACAGCCGUCUUCAGUCGGGGUCUGAGUCGGGGCCCGAGAACUGCCCCUCCACGCUCUCGCAUAAGGCAUCCUGUAGGGAUGUGAGCUGACCCCGGGGGCUCAUCCCCAUGGGCUGGAUGACUCUGUGUCUGCAGGAGAGGCAGGGCGGGCUCUGAGGGUCCUGGUGCUCCCGCCCGCUGCCGCCCACACAGCCCACACCACCAGCCCCGGCCGUAACUCGGGCCCCUUGUGGGACCUCGCUUUGACCAGGCCUCAACCGUAACCACUGCCCACAGCUCCAGACCUUGGGCCGCCUGAUUGCUUCCCGAGGCCCUGCCCUGCUCUGGUCGCUCUGUGCAGGCGGGGGUCUGUGGGCAGUCCUUCUGGACAGCCUAUCAAGGGUCUGCGGGCGGCCUACCUGGACAGCUUGUCAAACAUGUUCACCAGCUUCAUGGCCUCAUGCUCCUUCUGCUCCUCCGUCAUGCCCUCCAUGGGGUUGGGUGGCUUCUCCUCCACCCUCCCGGUCACUGGGUUGAUGCUGUUUCCCAGGGAGGGGUGGGUACGUGAGGGACUUUCUAGGACAGGGGCUGCCUGGAACGGGUGACCCCUGCCCCCUGCAUGGGCUGACCUGGCAAGAAGCCAUUUUUGGGGAAAACGGAGGCGCCUGGCCGCAGGAAGAGGGCCCUGCCUCUGGGUGCAGCCAUAGCUCCCGCCAUCUGGGCGAGCCCCACCGCCCCAGCUGCCCACCUCUGUUCCAACAUGUCGUGACCCCUGGAUGUGUGACGUGGGGAUGGGAGCCUGGCGUGGGAACGGCCUGCCAGCUGUCCACCCCACACGGGUCUAUGGGUGUGCGGCAGGGAGAGCUGCAUGCGGCAAGGGCCUGAGGCACACACCUGGCCUUGGCCUCCUUGUAUUCCUCUGUGUCCGUGUCCUCGUCCUCCGAGUAUUGGCCCUCAGGCCGGCCCCCUGCCAUGAGGCCCCGGGCGGCCAGGAGACCAGCAGCAUUUCCGUAGCCUGUGUACUUGAUGAAGCGCGGCACUGAGGGGCAGGUGGGGGUCAGUGUGUGGCUGUGGCUGCUGAGGGCCAGCCCAGGGCAAGUGCCUACUCACCGCUCU